AUGGCAGGCUCGGAGCUGUCGGGGGUCGGGGUCCCCGGCGGGGAGGGGGACACGGAGCUGGACGUCCUCAGCUUUCUGGACACACUGGGGGCGGACAACGGCACGGCGGAGCGAUGCUACAGGUCUCACUCACGCAGCAGUGUCCUGCAGGGCCUGCCCUUUGGGGGGGUGCCCACGGUCCUCGCCCUCAAUGUCAUUCUCUGGCUGUUUCUGCUGCUGAUCUUCUCCUGCCUGCGGAAGGCCGCCUGGGACUACGGCCGUCUGGCUCUACUGAUGGACAAUGACAGUCUCACGUCCUUGUUCUACGGAGAGCCGAGCGAGAAGGAGAAGUCUCCGUCGGAGUCCAGUCCUUCAGACACAGACGUGAGCAAGGACGUGGGCUUCUGUUCGUGGCUGACAUCACUCUAUCAUAUGAAGGACGAGGAGAUCCGGAGCAAGUGCGGCAUGGACGCCACCACCUACCUGUCCUUCCAACGCCACAUCAUCCUGCUCAUGAUGGUGGUCUGCCUGCUGUCUGUCGCCGUCAUACUGCCCAUCAACUUCUCCGGGAACCUCCUGGGAGACAGCCCUCAGAAUUUUGGGAGGACAACGGUGGCCAACGUCCCUGCACAGGACAGUUUUCUGUGGCUGCACAGUGUGUUGGCUCUGCUCUACUUCAUCAUCACUACGCUGUGCAUGGCCCACCAUUCCUCACGACUGGAGUACAGGGAGGACGAGAAGGUGGCCAGGACACUCAUGGUAACUGACAUCCCGAAGGAGAUCUCUGACCCAGGACUCAUCACUAAGCAUUUCCAUGAAGCCUAUCCCAGCUGCACCGUCACUGACAUUCGCUUCUGCUUCGACGUGCGGAAGCUGAUGAAGCUAGACGCGGAGAGGCGGAAGGCCAUGAAGGGCAGACUCUACUUCACAGGCAAGGCCCAGAAGGAGGGCAGAAUCAUGAUCAAGACCCACCCCUGCGCCCAGAUCUUCUGCUGCGACAUAUGCGGCUUUGAGCAGGUGGAUGCGGAGCAGUACUACAGUGAGCUGGAGGAGAAGCUGACGGAUGAAUUCAACGCGGAGAAGAACCGGAUUUCACUCAAGCGACUGGACAUGGCUUUCAUCACCUUCAGAGACGAGAGGAUGACCGCAGUCAUUGUCAAAGACUACAGCCGUGCCCGUUGCCGGCGUCGACCCCAGCAGUCCAGUAUCACUACAGUGGUCCGGUCCCACAAAUGGGGUGUGGAUUAUGCCCCGGCCCCCAAUGACAUUAUCUGGGAGAACCUGUCGGUGCGCGGCUCCCGCUGGUGGCUCCGCUGCGUCCUGCUCAACAUCUUCCUCUUCCUCCUGCUCUUCUUCCUGACCACGCCCGCCAUCAUUGUCAACACCAUGGACAAGUUUAAUGUCACCAGGCCUGUGGAGAGCCUCCGGAACCCCAUCGUCACCCAGUUUUUCCCCACCCUCCUCCUGUGGGCCUUCUCUGUGCUGCUGCCCUUCAUCGUGUAUUACUCCGCCUUCUUUGAGUCUCAUUGGACCAGGUCCAGUGAGAAUCAGAUAACGAUGCACAAAUGCUUUCUACUCCUGGUUUUCAUGGUGAUCGUCCUGCCCUCUUUGGGCCUGUCCAGCUUGGAUUUAUUUUUCCGGUGGCUUUUUGACAUUCACUUCCUGGAUGAAAGGGAUGUCAAAUUUCAGUGUGUGUUUCUGCCUGACAAUGGGGCCUUCUUCGUGAACUACGUCAUCACCUCCAGCCUGAUCGGCACCGCCAUGGAGCUGCUGCGCAUCCCGGCGCUGAUGGUGUACGCCCUGCGCCUCAGCUUCGCCAAGUCUGAGGCCGAGCGCAUCCACGUGAAGAGGAGCCAGGCUUAUGAGUUCCAGUUCGGCCUGGAGUACGCCUGGACCAUGUGCAUCUUCUCCGUCAGCAUGACCUACAGUAUCACUUGCCCCAUCAUCGUUCCCUUCGGACUGCUGUACUUGGUCCUGAAGCACCUGGUGGACCGUUACAACAUCUACUACGCCUACGUCCCUACCAAACUCAACCAGCGCAUCCACUCCGCGGCAGUCAGCCAGGUCAUCGUGGCUCCCGUCCUCUGCAUGUUCUGGCUGCUCUUCUUCUCCGUGCUCAGACUGGGCCCGAUGCGUCCCAUCACCCUCUUCACCUUUGUGUCCCUGCUGCUCUGCCUGGCUUUCUCCCUCUUCCGUGUCUGUCUGAAGAAACUACAGCCUGCCAAGCCCACCAGCUACCAGAUGUCUGAUCAGCCAGCAGAAGGGGGCUUCAAUGACACGGAGAGGAGCAGUGUGUCGUCCACUCCCAACUCCAAUCUGUUUGUGGCCUCUGUGCUCCAGGAGCCAGAGCUGGGCCUGACUCCCAUGGCCUCCCCGGCGCACCAGAGCUACGGCACCAUGGGGGCCCGGAGAGGGUCCUCCCGGGAGGCUGAGGAAGAGGUCCAGUCACAGACCUACGAAACGGAGCUGCAGGACCCCCCCGAGCCCCAGGACCCCUUUCCCUCUAGCCCCCUCACAGAUGCCCAGGAGGGCUACCAGUAACACCCACGGCCCCCGUACCCCAUCUCCAGCAGUGACAGCCUGCUCCUAAACGAUACACCGCCACGAAGUAAAGAAUGAUGUGCUGCAGUUUUCCUUCAAACUUAACAUUCAACCCGACUGCCUCAAAGCCUCAAACUCAGCUUUCCGGAGAGUUCCUACGCCUCCCCUCUGUUUAAACCUUUCAAACCAGGGCUCGGUUCACUGGUGCCACCGCUGACAUGGGCCCUCCUUGCCAAGAGUAAGCAAAGCCAGUUCCCAGUGUCUGACACUGUAGGACUGGGGUAUGAGAGUGACAAAAUAACCACAUAUGCCAACUGCACAUAACUUGAGUGCAAAGCCUCCUCACCUUGGAGAAUAACCAGUUCUCUCUGAAAAAAAUGUACUCGCUGCGCGCUAUCGACCGGCAUAGAGCCAGACGUCAAACCCCCAACGGCUGCUCUCACACUCCUUUUCGCCGUUUUUUUUCUUUCUUUUUUUUUUCUAAGCCUGGCCCAUUUGGGUUUGUGUGUCUGUGUCGGCUUUGGCCGGAGGAGAGGGAACAGAUGUCUGAGUCGGUGGCUUGGGACGUCGGCUGUGACAGGUGAAUGUUGGCAGCGUGGCUCUAACCGCUCUGUGCCACCCGACCAUUUAUCGCAGAACCCUGUGCUUUGAGCAUCAGGUCACACACCAACCCCCAACCCCCCACAGUCUGGGAAACGGGGGGGGGAGGCUCUGCCAUGUCUAAGAGGUGGAACAGAGGGCUGUGAAGCCAUCUGCAGUGAGAGCACAGCGCACACAGGAGGCAGUGGCAUAGGCCAGUGUGGAGCUGAAGAGUGUAAAACGCUCCCCGUUUGGGACCAAAGGCAUGGGCACACAGCUGAGGCAAUGACCUCUACUUGGUUUUAUUGUUCUAUUUAUUCAAAACGACAUUCAAAACAUCUAUUGCUGUUACUAUGAUUACUAUCAUUGCGGUUAGUAUUCUUGUCAUUAUUAUUAUUAUGAUUAUUAUUAUUAUUAUUAUUAUUAUCAUUAUUAUUAUUACGAACAUAAUUGCUAUUACCACCAUUGGUUUGUAAUGUCAUUGGUGAAAUCUUGCUUGUAAACACAUCACAAGAAAAGGCAUCUGCUGGUGAAAUCUUGCUUGUAAAGGAGGCAUCUGCUGGUGAUAAAAAGGCAUUUACAGAGUAGAAGUAGAAACAGAAAAUUGGUUGGUAUCGAACUGGGUUUGAAAGCACCAAGGGAAAUGGACACAGCAGCUAAUAAGCUCAGUGCUGGCACAGAGAAGUACAUUUCGAAUUUGAAAAACACAGCCAGUUAUCCGGAGUGCCAAGAAACAUUACCAGGCUAUGACUCAGAUUAUUAUGCCUGAUACCACAUUGCAUCUUGGGAUAUGUAGCCCAAACCCCAUCCAAGUUUCUGACCCCCUCCGCAUGUUGUUUGAGAAUGCAGCAGUAGCACUGUAUGAGGCAAGGCAGACUACUUUUGCUUGAGAUUAAGCUUUAAGUGCAAUUUCUCAUCAAGGUCUACUCAUAUGUAAUUCUAUCCUGAAGACAUUCUCUCUUUUCUUGGCCAACCCCCAUACUGGUGCCAAUGCUUAGCAGUGUAAAUUUCUUGUGCAUUUCUAUAGUGUUAUUCAUUUGCCUCGAUUAUGUACUUGUCAUUAAGUCUGUUGGUUUUGUAACAUUGCGCGAUGUCCUUUGUGCUAGGGUAUGGGCUGGUGAUCUUCUCACCAAAAUGAAUGUAAACUGACUGUGGUUUGUUUUGUCCUUGAAGUUCUCUUGCUGUGCCUUGAAGAAGAAAAAAAACUCCCUUUUCGUCUGACAAUCCAGCAUGGCCUGACAUAUGCUGCAUGGACUGAAAUUACUGAGCCAGAAAUCCAGGGGACAAAGACACCUAAACCUCAUUCUGACAAGGAAUGUGGAUUUAGCUCAUUUCACAUCACUGUACAUCUCCCCCCAUCUCUUAUCAACUGUGCUCAUUCAUUGCCAAUUACUCUUCUAGGCAUAGGGAUCACACUUUAUGAUGAGAUACAUUCAGUGUGCUCUUUAUUAGGGAUUUAUUAGACUUAUUGGUCUUCAGCUGCUUUAGCCUAUUUGACACAGUGCUUAUUCAGAGAUGCUCUUCGGCAUACCACUGUUGUAAUGUGUGGUUAUUUGUGUUACUAUUACCUCCCUGUCAGCUUUGACCAGUCUGGCCCUUCUCUUCUGAUCUCUCUCAUUAACAACAUGUUUCUGCCUGUAGAACUGCUUCUCACUGGAUGUGACAAUUGUGCAUGAAAAUCCCAGGAGAUCAGCAGUUUCUGAGAUACUCAAACCACCCUGUCUGACACUAACAAUCAUACCAUAGUCAUAGUCACUUCGAUCACAUUUUUUCCCCAUUCUGACAUUAGAUCUGAAAAAUAGCUCUUGACUUUGUCUACACGCUUUUAUGCAUUUAGUUGCUGCCACAUGAUUGGCUGAUUAAAUGUGUGCAUUAACAAGCUGGUGUACAGGUCUACCUAAUAAAGUGAUCACUGAGUGUAUCUGCGUGGACCCCUUCACCCAUGGGAAACCCAUCUUUGUGGGAUUAUUGUGUAGGCCUUUCAAGUGGUUUGACCCUGUAGCUUGUAGUAUGAGGUGUGUUGAGGUCAAUGUUGCACACUGUUGCUCAUGGAGUCCUGUGGAUCCAGUGCAGCAAAAGUCUUCAUGAAAAGGUCCAGGCAUAACGUUGAAUUUUACCUGGAAUCUGCAAUCUUCUUGACUCGUAAAUCUCGCUUAUGAUUACUAAAGCUGGGUCUGAAUUCUCCAAAACUUCAGAAUAUGCUGAGAUGCCAAGGGCAGUUACAUCUCCGUUCUUUUUUCAACAACAAUCUUGGAAUAUCAUCUGUGUGAUCCCUAGUAAACUCCAUUUUACAUGGUCAUUUCUCUCCAGCUGCAACCUCAAGUCCAAAACAAAGCUCUUGCAUCACAACUUAGUAAACAGCAGAUACCAUUCCUACAAUGUAAUUCUGUUAUUUUCAAGUGACCUCCAUGUAGCUGGUGGACACUGGAUAUAAUAACGAGUGGGCUCUUCUUAAGUACAGAUCCACAGAUUUUUUUUUUGUGGGAGUUGUAUCUCGAGGGCUUUUUAGAUUUGAUUUUUAAUAUUAUAAGGCGGGGCUCAUGCCCACAGGGACUGGAUGCAAAUCAAAAUCUUGCUUGUCCCAUGUGACUGUAGCCCACAAAUUGCUAAUUAUGCUGUUCACAGUGUUUGCGACCAUCUGAGAAAUGAAUAGAGGAGAGCACCACAAGGUUGGGGUUUCCACAAAAAAAGUUUGAAAAGCACAUCAGAGAACUUCCACCAUGAAAACACACCCAGUACUGUCCUCUGGGUUUCUGCUCCUGCUAGUUGUUUUACUGACUUAAAAAAUUAUAAUUCUUUUUCCAAUAAAGGCUUAAUCAUUUUAUUUUUGACUGCCGCGAUAGUGGAUGCCAAAAGAAAUCUAUUUCAGACCAUCUUGUGGAUAUAUACAGUGAGCUCCAUAAGUCUUAGGACAAAGUCAUAUUUUUUCUUGAGAUUGUUCUGUACUCCACAAUUUUAGAUUUAUAAUACAACAAUUCAAGUGCCAUUAAAGUGCAGAUUUUCAGCUUUUAUUGAAGAGUAUUUUAUACAUUUUGUUUUUUUCACCCCAUAAAUUACAGCACUUUUUAUACAUAGUCCCCCCUUUUAGGAUGCCAUAACAUUUGAGACAAAUGGCUUCACAGGUGUUUCUGAUUAGUCAGAUGUGUUCAGUCGCUUGGUUAGUGCAAGUAUCAUCUAGACUUGAUUCUAUGUUUUUGAUUGCCUUUGGCAUCUGAUUUAACAUUUGUCAGCAUGAGGACCAGAGUUGAGCCGAUUGAAAGUCAAGGAAGCCAAUAUGAGGCUGAGAAAUACGCUCUCUAAUACCUGCACUGAGGAAGUUUGAACACCUUUGAAGCCAUUUAUCCUAAAUGUUAUGGUUCCCUGAAAUGGGUGUAAUUUCUGUAAUUUCUACAUGGUGAAACCAAAAUGUAUAAAAGAAAAACUGUUUAAUAAAAGAUGAAACCGUAUAACUGAAGUGUUUGACUACAAAUAUAAAAUUGUGGAGUCCAGAGCCAAAUCAAGAAAAGUUAUGUCUUUGUCCCAAGGCUUAUGGAGCUCACUGUAUAUGAAUGCACACAGUGGAGAGAUGACACUACAGACAACAUCCAUGUAAAUGUAAAUAUUGAAUGUACCCAUAAAUCUGAAUCAUUCGAUUGGAUAUUUAAUGAAUCCUGUGAUCUCCUUUUCCAUCUGUGGUCUUACAUAUAAAGAUAAUACAAUGUGUGAAUACAAUAAAUUGUAAAUGUAAACAAUUACAGGGCUGGAAAAAUGUUUAUUAUUAUAAAUAUUCACAAAGAGUAACCAAAUUCUAAUUGGUCUCCCAACAUAUGUCAGUUCAGUUGCAGUCCACUGUGAAUCUUUAGGGGUCAAACAAUUGCAAACACGUACAAUUAAAAGUGAAAUAUUCUUCAUUUGGACCUAUUUUGGCAGCACAGUAGCUUUCUAGUUUUGUCCAGGCUUAUUUUCAUCCUUUGCAGGAAAUUGAGUGUUUAAGUCUCCAGCUGAAAUCCUAAUUAUAGCCUCCUCCAAAUCAUUUAUUUUUGCAGAAGAAUAAGGAAAAACAAACAUUCUGUCAUCAGAGCCUAAAUGCGGAUUUUACACAGAGCGGAGAUUGAAGGACUCUGUGGGUAAUGACCACUCUCUGGCAGAGCUGGUUUUGUGUCAGAGUCUUUGAAGUGCUGUAAGUUCAAUUAAAAAUGGAAACUGCUGCCACGCA